AUGGGAAGGAUCUUACAUCUUGAGCAAGGCGUUUGGGUGAAAGAUCAUAUGGGAGCUUGGAGCUUUAUGAACACUGUUGACUAUUAUGGUGAAGCUAUACUAGCUCGGGAGAAUGAGACUUUUGAAGAUUUUCAGAAUAUUGUUAGGAUGCGUUUGGAGUUGGCUCCUGACACCCCUCUUGCUCUGACUUAUCAGUGGCCUGAGUGGAUGCUUGUGCCUAACCGUCCACGACCUCAACUGGUCAACAUCUCGGAGACAAGAGAUGUAGAAGUAAUGAUGAGUCUCAUUGAUUCUCGCGAUCUUCUUGUCCUAUUUGUGACAUCUGGUGCUGAAGACGUUGCGAGAUACCAGUUCUACGGCUGGACUUCUUUCUUGUUUGGUAACACAAGAUUUGUUGGUCCUGGAGUUUUGGAAUCUGCUCAUCGUCAGUUCAUAAGAGACAUGUUAGGUAAUCGUCCAUUUUCCUGUGCAACUGGGAUGCUUGAGAUGGUGUGUACUCAACCACAGCUCCUGGCUCUGUACCGUAUGUCCCUUUAG